CAAAAUGAACGGCUCGAUUAUAAUUACAGAUGAAAAGGACGGAUAGCGAUUGCGGUUAUUUUAGAGGUCUGCCAAACAUGGCAACAAACAAUUGGCCCUAACAGAACGGUUGCGCUAAAUAUUCCUCUGUUAGAAAUGUCGGGGCAGCUAAAAGAAUAAAGGUGUAGGUAGUGUACUUCAGCAAUAAUUUUGACACAGCUUUCAUUAAGCGUGCCGAUCGUUUUCUCGCAGGUUGGGAGUUCAAUUCUCAGCAAAGGAUUGUAACUCUGUUUUUUACAUUCACACAUAUUCUGUGCAGAAAACGAUCGGCAGGCUUCCUUGAUACUUUACAGGGAUCGGUUGCAUUGAGGUUUUUCAGGGGUACUGGACCUACAGGCAAUUUAAGCGGCAGAUCGUAUCAGAUGUCAAAGCAUCAGCGGCUACCGCUCGUUCCGAUAUCCUCAAAUGCUUAUCUCAGCCCUGCAUUUAACGCUUGCAUUGAGCCACUCGAUCUUCAUCUCCAGGAACUUGAUCCAGGGCUUUUGCGCUCUGCAAGAACGGGAAACGAGAAUAUUUCACCUCAUUCAAAAUAUUACAGCUCUCUGCAGAAUCAAUUGACAAAAGCAACCUCACCGCUAGCAUGCACAGCACAUAGCUCGAUGAUCGUUACCCCCUGGUCUCCUGAACCUCCAGGAGCAAGCCGAUCGAAUUUGGCAAGUCCUGAAAAUUUCGACAAAUUAUUAAGCUUAUCGCCGCCUUCGUGCUUUUCGCCUUCCCGUUAUAUCACGCCGUUGCAGAAACCAGUGCCGCGUUUCAAGCUGUCAACAUUCACCCCCGCACAACUGGAAGAAGAUGUUCUUGUAAUCGAUGGAAUUGCGAUUAACAAAUCAUCAACAAUUUUUUUCUCUACUCCUGAAUCUUGUCGGAAGCAAAAGUCUACCAGCUCCGAUUCCUUCGCUAGCGGAAGCACCAGCAGCUCCUCUGGAAAGAGCCUCUACAAGACCGAAAUUUGCCGCUCCUGGGAAGAGUACGGAACAUGUCGCUACGGCUUAAAAUGCCAGUUUGCGCACGGCAAAGACGAGCUGCGGACUGCCAUUCGCCAUCCGAAGUACAAAACCGAGAUCUGCCGAGCAUUCACGGCGACGGGGACAUGCCCGUAUGGUGCGAGGUGCCGUUUUAUUCAUCACUUCAGUCUAACGAACAAUUACGGUGAGGAUUUCAAUUUCUCGACAGAUCUAGAGGAGAUUCUCAACGCUUCGCAGGCUGAUUUCGAAGAAAUGCUGAGCGCUGUAAGCUUGAAUCCGUGCUCGACUGGGAAUCGAAUCCUGCGCAAGCGCUUGCCGAUAUUUGAAGAGAUCUGUCCGACUUCUCCCCCGCCGGCCGAUUAAUUUUCUUCUGCCUUAAAUCAUAUUAUUAAUUUUGUCCGAUUCAUGAUCGAUUCUGCUGAGGUGUACAUUUUUGGCAUAGGAAAAUGGCCUUUUCUGUUCUGUUCAGUUCAGGAUUUUUUCACCAACAUUCAAUAUGAUAUGGUGCAUGAACAGCUUCCAUUAAAAAUCAUAACCUUCAAUCAUCAAUAUUACUGAGGUUUAUGGCGAGAUCGAGCAUAACGACAGGGUUUUUGGUUACCUUGUCAUAAAAUAACACUUUUUUGGAACUCGGGCUUUUGUGCAUACCUAAAAAGUAACUUUACGUAAGGACAAUAUAAAGUGCACAACAGAACAAGGAUUUUGAAUUAAAUUCUAUUGUACAAACAAAAUAAAUUUUAAGACAAAUUUUCAAAAUUUUGAGAUUA